CUCCACCGCACCCCCCCCCCACGCCCCUCAACCGGCGCUUCGCAGCGCGAGACGAACAGGUGUAGCUGUUAGAGCGGCCUGGGCUUCCCAGGAGGGAGGGAGGGAGACAGUCACUCAGUCGGUCGGUCACUCAGUCAGGCCGGGCAAGAGGAAGGACGGAGGGCAUCAUGUCUCGCUACACCAGGCCCCCCAACACCUCCCUGUUCGUCAGGAACGUCGCGGAUGCCACCAGGCCUGAGGACUUGCGACGUGAAUUUGGUCGAUAUGGCCCUAUAGUAGACGUAUACAUUCCACUUGACUUCUACACUCGCCGCCCAAGAGGAUUUGCUUACGUACAAUUUGAAGAUGUCCGUGAUGCAGAAGAUGCUCUUUAUAACCUCAAUAGAAAGUGGGUAUGUGGUCGUCAAAUUGAAAUACAGUUUGCACAAGGUGAUCGCAAAACACCAGGCCAAAUGAAAUCAAAAGAGCGCCAUCCUUGUUCUCCAAGUGAACAUAGAAGAUCAAGAAGCCACAGCAGAAGGACCCGAAGUAGAAGUUCUUCGUGGGGAAGAAGCAGGAGACGAUCUGAUAGCCUUAAAGAGUCUCGUCGUAGGGGACUUUCUUAUAGCCGAUCUAAAUCUCGAUCUAACUCAUUAACAAGGCAUUCUACCUCAGGAAGGAAAUCAAGAUCCCCUAGAAGAAAUUCUAGUUCUAGACGACGGUCAAGAUCUGAGUCCUUACAAAAAAGGACCACAUCUGUGGGAAAGUCACAAUCAAGUUCACCUCAGAGGCAGACCACCUCAGGGGCAAAAUCAAGAUCAGAUGGAAGACAUUUUGAUUCACUAGCAAGAUCCCCAUCAAAAUCUCCCCAAAGACACACUAACUCUGAAACUAAAGCACAGUCUCGGAGCUACCAUCAUAAAAACAAUUGGUGAAACAGAAUCAGAAGAUCUCUACACAUACUUAGACUUUCAUUAUGAGACAGAACUUUUGUUAAAUAAAAUUCUUCAUAGCUGUA